CAGCCCGCUUCCAGCACGGUUAGCUCUGUGUUCUGCCCCAUCGACAGCUUCCGAGUGUCUUUGCCAACUUCAACACUGCGCCCCGGUGCAGUCCCAACACACUCCACCAUGAAAAGAAGAGCGGCCUCCCCGGCCAUGUCCGACUACGAAGUCGACAUUGCCGGCUCUCUGUUCGCCAAUGACGCCGACAGCGACAACGAAGUUCAAGUUCAGAAGCAGCCCGCCGACCUCGACUUCGGCGAUCUCCUAGACAAUGGCGACUCCGACGAUGGCGGCGAUGCCGCCUUUAUCGCGAAGCAACAGCGAAGCUCCAACAGGAAAACCGGCAACCUACAGAGCAAGAGCGCAAAGAAGGGCGGCGGUUUCCAGGCUAUGGGUCUCAAUUCGAAUCUCUUGAGAGCUAUCACUCGGAAAGGCUUCUCCGUGCCCACCCCUAUCCAGCGCAAGACGAUCCCCCUAGUCCUCGAACGGCGCGAUGUCGUGGGCAUGGCCAGAACCGGUUCCGGCAAGACCGCCGCUUUCGUCAUCCCAAUGAUUGAGCGACUAAAGGCCCACAGCGCCCGAGUUGGCGCCAGAGCUAUCAUCAUGUCCCCCUCCCGCGAGUUGGCCCUGCAAACGCUCAAGGUCGUGAAGGAGCUAGGCAAGGGAACGGACCUCAAGACGGUCUUGCUGGUUGGUGGUGACAGUCUGGAGGAACAGUUCGGCUUGAUGGCUGCCAACCCGGAUAUCGUCAUUGCCACACCGGGUCGAUUUCUGCACUUGAAGGUUGAGAUGUCUCUGAACCUCUCGUCCGUUCGAUACGUUGUCUUUGACGAGGCCGAUCGCCUGUUCGAAAUGGGUUUCGCCGCUCAGCUUACCGAGAUUUUGCACGCGCUGCCGCCAUCUAGGCAGACUCUCCUCUUCUCCGCCACUCUCCCGUCGUCCUUAGUCGAGUUCGCCAGAGCCGGUUUGCAGGAACCGAGCCUUGUCAGGUUAGACGCCGAGACCAAAGUGUCACCCGAUCUUGAAAGCGCCUUCUUCUCGGUCAAAGGCGGCGAAAAGGAGGGCGCCCUUCUCCACAUCCUUCACGAUGUUAUCAAGAUGCCCCUGGGACUUCCGGAAGGCGUUGAGGAAGAGAGCGAUGAGCUACAAGCAAAGAAACGGAAACGCGACUCGGAGAGGCGGAAUAGGAAAGAAAAGCCGACCGAGCAUUCGACCAUUAUCUUCACGGCCACUAAGCAUCACGUCGAAUACAUCGCGCACUUACUACGCUAUGCAGGGUUUUCAGUAUCAUACAUCUACGGUUCGCUCGACCAAACCGCCCGGAAAAUCCAAGUCGACAACUUUAGGAGGGGGAGAACCAACAUCUUGGUUGUCACGGAUGUUGCAGCCCGUGGUAUCGAUAUCCCAGUGCUCGCAAAUGUGAUCAACUACGAUUUCCCUCCUCAGCCCAAGAUCUUCGUCCAUCGUGUGGGCAGAACAGCCCGUGCUGGCCAGCGCGGUUGGGCCUAUGCUCUUGUGAGAGAGUCGGAUCUCCCAUAUCUCAUCGACCUCCAACUUUUCCUUGGCAGGAAAUUGACAGUCGGCCAGGAAGUGAAAGAGCCAUCUUUUGCCCAGGACGUUGUUGUUGGCACUUUGAUGAGAGCCGACCUCGAAAACAACAUAGAAUGGGUGAAGAAGGUGCUUGGUGACUCUGACGAUAUCAACGGGCUCAAGGGGGUCACGAUCAAAGCCGAAAAGCUCUACAUGAAGACCCGAAACUCAGCGUCCAGCUCGAGCGCCAAGCGUGCUCGUGAAGUUAUUGCGUCCAGGAGCUGGACUCAACUACACCCCCUAUUCGGAGCGUCGGCCGCAAACGCCGAAGAAGCCCGAGACUGCCUGCUCUCCAAGAUCAGCGGGUUCAAACCCCAAGAGACCGUCUUCGAGAUUGGGCCCCAGGGAAAAUCGGCCAAGAACAAGGCCGCUGAAGUGAUGCGCAGCUUCAGGGCACGAGUCGGCCCGCGGAGGUCGAGCAAGAAGGACGAAGACACAGAGAUGGUGGACGCUGACGAGGAUGAAUCGCCACCUCAAGAAAAUGGCGGCGGUCUUGAGGAGUCCGAAGAAGACCAACCCGGCGGGGACGCUAAAGAAGAAGAGGUCUGGGAGGACGAGGAAUCCGACUCGGAACUCGAGGUGAUGGUAACAAGCAGCGGCAAAUCCACCAAGGGGCAAACCUCGUUCCAAGACCCCGAAAUCUUCAUGUCCUACACCCCACGCACCACCAGCGCGGCCGAGGAGCGCGCGUACGGCGUCAACUCGGGCGGCACCACGCAAUUCGUCGAAGCCGCGCGCGACGCGGCCAUGGACCUGGCCAACGACGACGGCGCCAAGGCCUUCGGCCUGCCGACGCGCUCCAAGCUGCGCUGGGACAAGCGGCACAGCAAGUACGUGUCGCGCGCCAACGACGACGACGGCUCGCGCGGCGCCAAGAUGAUCCGCGGCGAGUCCGGCGUCAAGAUCGCCGCCUCCUUCCAGAGCGGCCGCUUCGACAAGUGGCGCCGCGCCAACCGCCUGGGCCGGCUGCCGGGGGUCGGCGAGGCCGAGAAAUCCAACCUCGUCCGCAACUUCAACGGCGGCGGCGGCCCCGGCGGCGGGCCCGGCGGGGGUGGAGGCCAGCACUACAAGCACCGGCAGGAGAAGGCGCCCAAGGACGCCGACAAGUUCCGCGACGACUACCACGUGCGCAAGAAGCGGGUGGCCGAGGCGCGCGAGAAGCGCGUCGGCAAGUACAAGGACGGCGAGGGCAGCCGGCGCGAGCUCAAGAGCGCGACGGAUAUCCGCAAGGCGAGGCAGGUGCAGGAGCAGAAGAGGGAGAAGAACGCGCGGCCGGCCAAGAGGGCGAAGAGGUGAUCGGUCGGAUGGGUUGGUGUGUGGGUGGUUGGUUGUUUGUAUAUAGGGUGUGGCGUGUGCUGUGUUUAGCUUGGGAGGGUGGAAUGAGAUUUUGGAAUGGAGUCUAUUCGAAAGU